AUGAAGGGUAAUAGCAACAGAAGAAAGGAGAAUACCUUUAAUUCUUCUCCACUAGGUAGAAACCUAGGCGACGCAAGUUCUUCAUCGUUUUAUGAAACUGAAGAAACAAGGAAAGCGUUUAGUGAAAGAAUGAAUUAUUUGCUGGUUAAUAGUAUAGGCUCAACCGCAGUAGUAACGGUAUUGACUGGAGUUAAGUACUCUGGAAUAUUGGUUGCAUGUAAUCCUAGUUCAUCGAAUGGUAUUGAUGUUAUUUUAAAAUAUCCUAAAGUGAUUGACAAGGGGAUAGACCAGGAGGAUAUAUCUACACUCUCAGAGCAAUUUGGUGAGACCUUAUUAAUCGAAGGAGUUGAUGUAGCAGAGCUUGAACUGAAGGAGAUUGACCUUAAUGUGGACGAAAAGAGUGAACAUUUGAAAAAAAAGAAAACUGAAGAACACCUCAGUAAGGAAAAAGAAGAGCGGAAACGGACAGGGUUUAGAACAGAUGUUGAUAUUUCAGGUGCUAGUUCAGAUUUUAAAGCAAGGGAGCUAAAGAAAUGGUCAUCGGAUGAUCCAGGGCCGUUUGAGUUGGGCGAAUCCCUAGAAGAUGCCGCCGAGACAUGGGACCAAUUUGCCGUUAACGAAGAAAAGUUUGGAAUAAAGUCUACCUUUGAUGAGCACCUUUAUACUACCAAAAUUAACAAGGAUGCUCCAAACUAUGAGACUAGGUUGAAGGAGGCAGAAAGGAUUGCGAAGGAGAUUGAGUCACAGGGAACAUCAGGAAAUAUUCACUUGGCUGAAGAUAGAGGUAUUAUUAUGGAAGGGGAAAUGGAUGAAGAGGAUAAAUAUUCUGGAGUUGACCGUAGGGGUGAUGAACUGUUGGCGCAAUUGAAACUGAAUGCAAAACCAACUACUGAGAGGCCCCAGAAGUAUAUUCCUCCAAGUCUAAGGAAUGAGCCUCAUAAUGUUGACCCAGCAAUCCUUUCUUCAACGAAGAAAAGUCGUUCACCUCCAACAAGUAAGAGUCCUAUAGAAAAAAAGACUCAACUAGAUGAACUUAAGAAGUUUUCUGAGAAAUUCAAGGUGCCAUAUAAAAUGCCAGAAGAAGUGAAGACCAUCUUGAAAAAGGCAGAGGAAUCCAAGCCUCAAUCGGCGUUAAAAGUUAACCCUUCUUUACCGCCGAAGCCUACCACUCAGCCAACGGCUAACCUUACUGUUAUGAGUAACCCGGCCACUGCUUCAAAGCCCACAAGUCGGAAUUCGAAGCCAAGUACCCCCGCGCCUGCUAAAGCUGACUUGCGUAAGAACUCAAACAAGUUCUCAUCCCAAAGCGGUUACACACCGGUAGCUUCGCCGUCCGCUGGUAGAGUGAAUCCAUACCGGAGACGCAACAACUCAUCGUUUUUCGGAGAGGAAGGACCUAAAGGAUUGAAAAAGGAUUUCAACCAAGACUUUAACAUGUUCUUGAGUUCCAAACGAGCAUAUGAUGCCAAAUCGACCGGAACAAAGAGUAUGGACCCAUUUAUGAUUGAAAGACCAUAUUUUACAACACCAACAUGGAUCAGCACCAUUGAAAAAUCUCACAAAACUUUAUUCCCAGACAAAAGAACAGCUAUUCAGAGAACACAACUAAGACUGCAACAGCGCACUAUGAAUGCCAUGGGUGGUAAUAUGCCAAUGGGCGGUAUUCCAAGCAUGAUGGCCAUGCCUAUAGGUCCCGGUGGCUCGCAGUCAACUCCAUUUAUGGCAUCACCAGGUAUGUUUGUGCAUUUUCAACCACAUGCUAUGUUUUAUCCGCCAGUACCCCAAAUGAUGACAAUCAUGGGCGGUAUGACAGAUGAACGUGGAAGCAAUACGCAUACUCCGUCGCCAGGAAAUAAUUCACCACAUGGUGCUCCUAAUUUCAUGGCGAAUGGUGCUCCAAUGGGUCCAUCAACGUACCCAGCUUCAUACAUGCCUAUUAUGGGCCCCGUUGGUAUUGGAAGUAAUAACAAUACAGGAGCUCCUAGUGGGUCGAGCUAUAAGGGCCAUUAUCACAAUCAUAAUAAUGGCAAUCGUUACCACAGACAUAGAUAA